GAAUCAUCAGCCAGAACGUGAUCAGAUACAUAGAAGCAUCAAUUCAACAAACAGAUGAAAAUUUUUUUGCAAAAAAAUGAAGUCUUUCAUCGUUUAUUUUAUACUUCUUGCUUCCUUUCCUGUUAAAGUUUCAAAUUCAGAGCUUUCCAAAAAAGGAAAGUGCCCUUUGGUUUACGAAUCUGAUCACAACUGCAAGCGAAACUUCGAUUACCAAUGUUUAUUGGAUUUUGACUGCAAUGAUACCAUGAAAUGUUGCCGUACAGCAUGUAAGCAGUACAAAUGCAUCGAACCAAUCAGAAAUAGAGUUUGCAGCAAACUGACGAACAUUGCGUUCGUCUUGGACGCAUCAGGAAGUAUUGGACGAAAAUCUUUCGAAAAAAGCAAAGAUGUGAUUAAAAAAUUGCUCCAAGUUUUUCCACACGAGGAAGGCAACAGACAUGCAACAGUGGUUUACGGUGGCAAGCCUUGGAUCGUGUUCAACAAUAUUAGGAAACGAAGCAAAUAUCAAAAAACCAGCGAACUAGUGGGUUUAGUGAAUCGCAUUCCUUACAACAAUGCACCAUUAACGCGAACUGAUAAAGCUCUGAACACUAUCCACCAAGAAAUAUUCCCAAAACACAUAAAAUUUCGCGAUUACAGACCUAAGAUGAUUGUAUUGUUGACUGAUGGAAACCAGAGCACUCCACCUUAUCACGAUGGUUUAAUGGAAGAAGGGAAAAUUCUAGAUGACCAAAAUAUCAAAGUUUUUGGAGUUCUGACAGGCGAACAAAAAAAUCUCAACACUCUCCUUCACCUUUGUACCAACGAUCAAUUCUUGUUUCAGCCAGAAUUUGUUGAAGAAUUAGCUGAGGCCAUGAAACACGAAACUGAAUAUUAUUGUUAACAGCUAAAUGGAAAGUGAAAUCCUUUAAAUUUGUUAAAUAAAUUUAAUUUCUUUAUUGCA